AUGGAAAAAUAAGAUGUCUUAAUGAAUGAUAAUGAUGCUCCGAAAAAUCCAGAGAUUUAGAAUUAAAAUAAUACUAAACCAAUAUAAGAAGUAAAGGAAAAAUAGAAUAGUCAAAUAUUCAAUGCUAUCUGUUUCUUAGAGCUUGAAUAUACUGAUCCAGAUCCAAAUUCAGAAAACUGCAGGAUAUGUGAAAUUUCAAUAAUUUUGAUGAAUCAGAAUUUGACUUAGAGCUAUCCUGUAGCAGACUAUAUUAUAGACACUAACCCUGAAUUUGUGACAGAUCCCUAUGUUAAAUAGAGAUUAGUUAGUAGUGGACUUUGGAAUGAUAUGCAAGAUCCAAAUAAGUGCAUCACUCUUACAGAUGCUGAGUAGUUGAUAAUAUAGUAGCUGCAAGAGUAUAAGAUACUGAAAGGUUCGACUCCUUCAGCUGGUAUACAAGCAUAUCAAGAUAGAAUACUCACUGAGAGAUUUAUGCCAGAACUUGAUAAAUUUCUAAAUUUUAUGUAAUCUAAUACUUGUCUUAUAGAAUAAUUUUAUAGGAUAAUAGAUAUUUCAAGUUUGGAUGAUGUAGCUGAAAGAUUCAAUAAAAAUGCAUUUAGGAAUAAAGAUCAAAACUCAAAGCCCAAUCUUCAGAGGACAUAGUAUAAUAUUUAGAAAGCGAUCAACAGAUUGAGAAACUACAAAAAAAGUUUACUGAAAUCAAAAUGA